GUGACGUUUUGAUUUGGUAGCACUAGAAUUUGUCAUUGAUGUUUUGGCGAUCGUAUAUAUAAAAAUUGAUUCAUCUAGCUUACCAUCCUGCUUGUCGCAUCGAGGGCAAAACAAACAAAUUGAACUACAUUUUGGUCUGCAAAAUUGAAAACCAUGUCGCUGAAGCAGAAAACGAGCAUCAACAUGUGUGCAUCCGUUUUGAGAGUUGUACUUGCUUUUUUUUUCGCCGGACAGCACGGCAGCAACAGAUCUAUUUGGGUGCAUGGUCUCUCUUUAUCUCUCCGCGCAGCCCCGGCAGGAGCAGAAGAACAACCGCAGCAGUACUACGAUGGCGGCUCCAUCAUGGUGUGUUUUGUGCCCGUGCCCGUAGCGUUCCACGCUGUCUGUCCAAAUGGAGGAGUCCCGGGCACUGACGGAAGUGGCGUUGCGAUGCCGAUGGUGCAGCCGUAUUAUAACAACGCUGUGGCAGCAGCAGGGGCAGCAGGAGCAGCUGCUCCUGGUGCAGGCGGAGCCGGACAAGAGCAGGCGCAGCCGUAUGAUAUUAUGUCGCAGCAGCAAGCGCAAAAUCAAUACCAAUUGGAUCCGCUGCAGCACGACCAACAGCAUCAGCGCGAGCUGUGUACCCCACCCCCUUACUUUUGGCAGCAGCAGCAUCAGCAGUUCCCUGUAGGAGCUCCAGUCGGAAAUACCACGACUUUUCAGCCUCCACGACCGCCAGCGUACGAAGCCCCAUGUGGUUUGGAUUUUGAGCGAGUCGGCUACGUGGGGCCUCCUACAGAAGGAAAUCACGCCUGUCCAGAGCACUACCCUCACGCGGAUGCCCAUGGUCAGCUACGUCGCUCCGCUAAAAAACCGAAAAGUCGUACUAGAUCAGGGCUUCCGCACCCCGGCCGCCGCAGCGGUACCACAGAGGAGGACAAUUCUGGAGCCCCCUCUGCAGGGUCGGACGAAUCUUCUCCGGAUGGCGGGUCUACGGUGGCGCCGACCGAGUUGUCGACUGCUUCGCCAUCUUGGGGAGAACACCACCUGCACACUUCUACUUAUUUCACGACGCUACCACCCCCUCCACCCGCCCGUCGAUUCAUUACAUCUCUCCAGCGGCUUCGUCAAGAAGAUGUGGAAGGAGCACCGGUUCAUGUCGAUGCAGUUGCAACUCCAGAAAGCGCAAUCCUCCGCGAGUUGCCUUGGAACGGCGAGUGGCUGCAGAAGCCUGCUGAUGCUAACUGGCGCCGUCAGUCCAUGUACCCCGAUCUGCAAACAUGGGUCGGCGCUGGCGAGCAUGAAUAUUGUGUGGAAUUUUUUUCCCCGCAAGGCGGAGAACAUUCUCUAGACGAAUUUACUCGGUUUGGGUUCAUUAUUUCCCCCUCGGAGUACCGUCAGAAAAAUAACGCGGUCAAAAAUCCGCGCGCAAUCUUUGUCAGCCCCGUGAGCGGAAAGAUUUUCAUCCAGGGUUCAGACUCUCAAGACCAAGUUGACAGAACGAGGCGCAUGGGCCGCCCGCGCACGGAUGUAUCAUUCCGCACACUGAGCAGGCAGUGGUUACCGCCACUAGCGAAGAACGUAGCUGCCUCUCCCGACGUUCUGAGCCUCGUGUGUGCGCGAGUAGAUGUGGAAAAAUCGAAGAUCUCCUUCUGGCGGCGCGCUGAGAACUGGCACGGCAGACUGCUGGAAACCGGAACAUCGGUCGACAUCUAUUUCAAGAAGUUUUUCCGCGACCCGCGCCUGCCCUCCACGCUGCAAGGGCAGCCUGAAAAUGAAAGAACUCCCCCAUCCACGGGUCUGGGCGGGUUUUUCGGAGCGGUGCUAAUGCACGCGGGGGAUGCGGUGCGCAAAGCAGUGUAAGAGGUUGUUGUCCGCCCUUUCGUUCUUGAAAGCGGUUUUGGAUAAGCGUAUUCUCCUCGUUUCUGUACUACUGGGAGUUCCGCUGCGUUCGCCCCGAGCAAUGUUGUCCUGAGACAUAAACCGAGGUGAAGAAGCAAGUACUGCCAGCUGUACCUGUACGCAGGUUAGGCUUACUCGCGUCAGAACUACAACAUAAACACUGUGAAGAUUGUAGUACGACGUAAACGAAAGUGAAACUAAUGGCGCGUUGGUCCCUGCUGCUCGUAACAAAUGCCACAUUACAUGUAUGAUUCCUGUCCUCGAACAAAAAAACCCUGCACAGUAUACUAAUUCUAUAGCCCGUUUUAUCUGCAGAGUAUUAAGUCUAACACACUCCAGCACUUCCCCUCGACGUUCUGUCAAAAAGUAGUAAGUUUAUUAUCCGCAUAUCAGCUUCCCAAAUAAUUCAGAUUCUUGAACUGCAACACCAGCACCACGGUUAAAUGACAGUAGGAAAUUUGAAAAAGCAUAUCUGACGAUGGCGAGCGACUACCACUCUUGUUUGAAACGCAUCUUUUAAUUAUGGUCAAACUAGGGACGCCGGAAGGACCGAAAAAAUAGCAGAGAUAUUGUUCUGCACCAGAAUUAGGAUCCAUCUUCUUGCCGACUGGUGUCUGUCUCUGUCUCAGACUCGGCACCAAGAGUCCUCGUGAUGAGUUCCUAUUUGAGGGCUUGAAGCCAGAAAGAGCACGCGUUUGCCACUCUUUCGAGGUGCUGCAGGAGCCUCGGUGAGGUCUAUAAAAUUGCCAUGGUCUGCCAAAAAUAAGUAGAAAAUGAGCAAAUGCGUGCCGACCCAGGUGGACCACGCGGCUUUGAUCAUUGCAUGACAAACCUAAAGCUAAUCGCCAAGUAGAACGACGCGUAUGCAAAAUAACAAACGAGAUGUAGAGCAGGACGAGGACCACGCGUUGUGUAGCUGAUUGUGAAGCAAUUAACUACGUUCUGCCCGUCGAUGAAUUUCCUAGAAGAUAAAUGUGAAAGAAUUUCGAAUUAAAGCCUUAGGAUCGGAGAAGUAAAGAAACAACUCUCGGGAUGAGAAAAGCCUGGGCAUGAAACGAU